CUCUUAACAAAUUGGACACAGCUACGGCAGGAGCAGUCCCCAACCCAACCUACAGGCACUGGGACUUGCAAGCAGCCAGGGACCGCUGAAAAUAGCACUUCUUUUUCUUUCUUUGUGUUCAAAACUAUUUUCUUUCUUCACCAGAUUUUGUUUUCCUCCCUCCGCUGCAGUUGUUUCCCAUUAGUAACUCGAUCUCUUGGUCUCUCGGAGCAGUAAGAUUCGCCUUCUUCGCCUCCUUCCCCCUCCGCCCCUGUUUGUUUGUUUUCUGCACAUCUCCUUCAGGGAGCCGCUGGGGUUUCCCCCCCCUUCUUUUUCCUUCUUCCUUUUUUUUUUUUCUUUUCCAAGCAGACCAAUUUCCACUCUGUCUGCCUCUUUCUUCUUCCCUCUCUUCCUCUUGCCCUCCGUCCCCGAGCGUCUCUGCACUCCUCCAACACGCAGCUCUACGCCGUCCCUUCUGCUGCUUCCCUCGGAUGAGCUGAGAGCCGCGGGCGUGUGUAUAUGGAAAUAGUGGGGUGCCGAGCAGAAGACAACUCGUGUCCUUUCCGUCCCCCAGCCAUGCUCUUCCACGGGAUCUCCGGAGGCCACAUCCAAGGCAUCAUGGAGGAGAUGGAGCGCAGAUCUAAGACCGAGGCCCGCCUGGCCAAAGGCGCUCAGCUCAACGGCCGCGAUGCGGUCAUGCCCCCGCUGAGCCCGGAGAAGCCUGCUCUGUGCGCCGGCUGCGGGGGCAAGAUCUCGGACAGGUACUACCUGCUGGCUGUGGACAAACAGUGGCACCUGAGGUGCCUGAAGUGCUGUGAAUGUAAGCUGGCCCUCGAGUCCGAGCUCACCUGCUUCGCCAAGGACGGUAGCAUUUACUGCAAGGAGGAUUACUACAGAAGGUUCUCUGUGCAGAGAUGUGCCCGCUGCCACCUUGGCAUCUCCGCCUCUGAGAUGGUCAUGCGCGCCCGAGACUCUGUCUAUCACCUGAGCUGUUUCACCUGCUCCACUUGCAACAAGACCCUGACCACCGGCGACCAUUUCGGCAUGAAGGACAGCCUGGUGUACUGCCGCGCCCACUUCGAGACCCUCUUGCAAGGGGAGUAUCCACCGCAGUUGAGCUACACCGAGCUGGCAGCCAAGAGCGGCGGCUUGGCCCUGCCUUACUUCAAUGGCACUGGCACGGUGCAGAAAGGGCGGCCCCGGAAGCGGAAGAGCCCAGCGCUGGGAGUGGACAUCGUCAAUUACAACUCAGGUUGUAAUGAGAACGAGGCAGACCACUUGGACCGGGAUCAGCAGCCUUACCCACCCUCGCAGAAGACCAAGCGCAUGCGAACCUCCUUCAAGCACCACCAGCUCCGGACCAUGAAAUCCUACUUCGCCAUCAACCACAACCCAGAUGCCAAGGAUCUCAAGCAGCUUGCUCAGAAAACAGGCCUCACCAAAAGAGUUUUGCAGGGAGAACAAAUCUUGGGGCAUUACAGCCAAACAUCCCGACGUUUGAAAAUUCCCUAAAGUAUUAAAAGAAGGGGAAAAGUUUGAUCGGAAAUCCACUGCAGUGAAGACAAAGACAAUAUUAGGUUAUGAUAAUCAUACAUUUUAAAAUCUAUUGAGCCAAAAAAAAAGAGAGAGAGAGAGAGAGAGAGAGAGACUUAAAUGUCAUUUACUGAAUGUUAACAAAAAUUCUGUUCUUUAUGGUAUCUAACACAAAUGGAGGCUUAAAGUUAUGUGGUUUAAAACAAAAUUAGAUAAGCCGUGUAUAAACCAGAGAGCAGCCUGGCGGUAAUAUGCCCACCCCAUAUUUGAAGAAAAUUAUUAUUGCUAAAAAAAAAAAAAAAAACCCACACAUUUGUCAAGCACAGUAAUUGUAAAAUAAAGUCCAAAAACAUCCAUUUCACUUGCUUGCUAAUGUGUACUAGUCCUAUCUGUUCAUGGCAUUUUCUAAUUGUAAAUUUAAAGAAAGCUAUCACUCCUUUGAGAGUAUAGGAUCAAAACCCAGUAAUUUUAGUAUUAUUGUUUAUUCCUUCCUUUUUAAACAGAAAUCUCUGCAUGCACUUUUACAUCUGUCACUUCUAGUGUACAUCUCUGUAUGAUGACUUAUCUUUGCUGUUUCUUGUAUGAUAAAUAGCUUUCAUUAAUAAACAUUUUAUUUGAUGCAAA